AUGCGUCGCCCGCUCCUCAUCUUCCUCAUUUGCACCGUCGCCGUCUUGCUCUUCCUCGUCUACCAAGUCUCAACACUUCUCGAAUUGCUCGUAGUUGACGGCCACACCGACGCCAUUUCUCCCGAUGAACUCCCGCCCGUCGGCUCCGAGAAGCAAAGCUCGUCCAGCGCACAGCUGAUCCCGAAGAUCAUCCACCAAACCUACAAAGACGUGAAAAUCCCGGAGGUAUGGAAAACAGCCCAAGCAAGCUGCCUCCGCCUCCAUCAAGAGCCGGAAUGGGAAUACAAACUCUGGACCGAUAAAUCCGCCCUGCAAUUCAUCGAGGACAAAUACCCGCAACACCUCUCCACCUUCAAGAGCUAUCCCUACGGUAUCCAGCGCGCCGACGCCAUCCGCUACUUCGUGCUCGAAUACUACGGUGGAAUCUACAUCGACCUUGACGACGGCUGUGCGCGCCCUCUGGACCCUCUGCUCAAAUACCCAGCCUUCGCCCGCAAAACCCAGCCAACAGGUAUCAGCAACGAUGUCCUCGGCGCGGUCCCGCACCAUCCAUAUUUCCAGCGCGUGAUCGCGGAAUUACCGCGCUAUCAUCGGAGUUGGAUUUUGCCUUAUAUCACGAUCAUGUCCUCAACCGGACCGCUGUUUCUCAGUAUCAUUUGGAGAUUGUAUUGCGAUGAUGGCUUCAAUGUGGGCGAUGGGGCUGAGGGCGGAAGAAUCAGGAUUCUUUGGGGCCCCGAGUAUAGUAAGAAUUCGUGGAGCUUUUUCUCGCAUCAUAAGGGGGAUAGUUGGCAUAGCUAUGACGUGCGGUUUAUGUUCUGGAUGCUGCAUCACUGGAAACUCGUCACGCUUUUCGGCUUCGUGCUGGGCUUCAGUCUGCUCUUAGUUGCCUGGAAGACUUACCGAAACUUCAUUCGGCCUCGUCCUGCGCUGGCAAAACGACCAUUGGGGAAGCAUUCUCGUGCGUCAUCGUGGCUCUCGCUGGGUUCUGGCACGGAACACGGGUUGCCGACGAGACGGGACGACUGA